GCGGUCGCGGCAGAGCUCCCCCACAGUACGAAGUAUCCUGCAGCCAGCUUCGCUUCUCUUAUGCUCUUCCUCUCCACCAGCAGGCGACUCGCACGCGGCCCCCCACCCCCACAAUGGCUGAAAAUGGCUCGUCGAACCGCGACGGCAAGCGCAAGUGGGACAACGGCGGCGACCGCAGACGGGGCCGUGGCGGCAGCAUGCAGCACGGCAGCCGUGCGAAUAAGAAGAGAAAUAUGGGCCGUAACGAGCACGCCACCGAUCAACUAGAUAGGCGCGGGCGCAACGCAGAACAGCAGGCGCGCAACAAGGAGGCCCAGGAGAAGGGCGAGAACGAGAAGCCCGCGCUCCCCGCCGCGUUUUCCGCCGAAGAGGUCGCUGCCGAGGAGCGCCGGCCGAAGCGCAAGGUCGCCGUCAUGGUCGGCUACUCGGGCACCGGCUACAAGGGCAUGCAGAUCGACAACAAGCAGAAGACGAUCGAGGGCGACCUCUUCAAGGCCUUUGUCGCCGCCGGCGCCAUAUCGAAAGCGAACGCCGACGACCCCAAGAAGUCGGCGCUCGUGCGCUGCGCCCGCACCGACAAGGGCGUGCACGCGGCCGGCAAUGUCAUCUCCCUGAAGCUGAUCAUCGAGGACGACGACAUUGUGGACAAGAUCAACGCCCACCUGUCCGAGCAGAUUCGCGUCUGGGGCAUCCAGCGGACGACUGGAUCCUUCAGCUGCUACCAGGCGUGCGACUCGCGCUGGUACGAGUACCUCAUCCCCACGCACUCGUUCCUGCCGCCGCACCCCUCGAGCUACAUGGGCAAGAAGCUGGUCGAGGAGGCGGAGAAGGCGGGCGAUCUCGACGGGUACAACAAGCGGCAGGCCGAGGUGGCAGAGUUUUGGUCCGAGACGGAGGAGAAGUCGAUCAAGCCCAUCCUUGAGACACUUGACGACUCGAUACGCCCGCUCGUCGAGGAGGCUCUGUACAUGGCCGAUUCGACCGAUGCGCCCGAGGACCAGGACCCCGUCAUUGAAGCCUCCAUCGACGAAGCCUUGAAGGACGAGACGGACGCCAAAGCCGCCAGAAACGCCACCGCAGAGACCGUCCAGCCAGACGCAGGCGAAGCCGUGCAGGUCGACGGGACCAGAGCGGCAGUCGACGGGACCAGAGCGGCAGUCGACGAGACCAGAGCGGCAGUCGAACAGCUCGAAGCCCAGCACCCCACAACGACCUUCGACGACCAGACGGACGGCUCAAUCCCACUUCCUUCCGGCGUCGUGAACAAGCCCGCGCUCGAAGAAGCCGUCAAAGCGCUCAAGAAAGCCAUCAUGGACGCCAAACGCGCGUACCGCAUCAGUCCCGAGCGACAGGCGCGCGUGCAAAAUGCGCUGGACAACUACGUCGGCACGCGUCGCUACCACAACUACACGAUCCAGAAGAAGUUCACCGACAGCAGCGCGAAGCGGUACAUCAAGAGCUUCAAAAUGGACGCCAAGCCCAUCAUCAUCAACGACACCGAGUGGCUCUCGCUCAAGGUGCACGGGCAGUCGUUCAUGAUGCACCAGAUCCGCAAGAUGGUCAGCAUGGCUACGCUGACGGUGCGAUGCGGUAGCGAUCCGGCCACGAUGCUGCAGAGCUUCGAGAACCACGUGUUCCGCAUCCCAAAGGCGCCGGGGCUGGGCCUGCUGCUGGAGCGCCCCGUGUUCGACAGCUACAACGAGAAGAUGGCGCAGGCGCACGGGCGCGAGAAGAUUGACUUCUCGCGCUACGACGCUGCGAUCCGCGACUUCAAGGAGCGCGAGAUCUACCAGCGCAUCUUCCGCGAGGAGGCGCAGGGCAACCAAUUCAACACCUUCUUCACCCACCUCGACAACUACAAGGACACGACGUUCCUGUACCUGACGUCCGGCGGCAUCGCAGCGACCAAGGCCGGACCGACGAGGAAGGCACAGCAGCCCCGGUUCGAGGACGACUCGGACGGCGAGGGCUACGCGAGCGACAACUAGAACAACUAGAACCACUUUGACGUACGACGCAGUGCUUUGACGUACGACGCAGUGCUUAGACGUACGACGCAGUGCUUAGACGUACGAUGCAGUGCUUAGACGUACGAUGCAGUGCUUAGACGUACGAUGCAGUGCAUAUCGCACAUGCCACUUGGCGACGUAGGGAAAAUGCGGAUAGUGCAUAGGUAUCUGAUUGAGGUCAUUGACUGCAUUCCU